GAGAGAGAGUGUGUGUGGUGUGAGCCAUGGAGUCUGGUGUGGGAACGACACUGGCACUUCGCUGUCAGUGCUGCAGAGAUACCAGAGGAGAGCUGCCUAACCCAGCCCAGGCUCAGCGCCCUCCGGUGCUGUGGAGGCCCUGGGACUUACCGAUCAGAGUCCCGGUAAAGCAGAGAGACCAGAGAUCAGACAGAGACAGAGAGCUCAGCUGUGAGCCUGGCGAGCCCAGCAGGAGCGCUCUCCCUGGUAGGCUUUUGGGCUUCCAGCACCCGGUCAGGCUGUAUCUGCCCAGAUCCAAAGCAGAUGAAUACCUGCGAGGAAUGGGAGAGAGAGUGUUGGCCAGCUUCCCUGUGCAAGCCACCAUGCAUUUCUACAACGACGAUUCCGACACCGGAGAGGAGGAGGAGGAGGAGGACGAGGAGCAGGGAGCCUGACCGUUCCCCGGAAACAAGCGAGGUGUUUUGGAAACACAGAGGGCAGUCAGGGGAGGAGGAGAAGAUGAUGGAUCAGCUUCACAGUGGAGAGGCUGCCUUGGGAAAUUGAUACCUAACAUCCGUCCAUCCGCUUUAACUGAUGUGUGCACCGCUCCUUGGUUGAACCUCUCUCUCUGUGACACCUGAAAUUCCACCCCGGCUGAAACCCGUACAGGCCAACUUGCCUUUAACAACGGAAGCUUUUUAACAAAAAAUGUCCCACAAACAGCCAUGAAGCGAGCGACCAAUUUUAUUCGGGCGGAGAAAUUAUUGUCACCCAGGACACCGGCAGAGAGAGAAACUCCCUUUAUAUUUCUUUAAAGCAUUUCGCCCACAAA